AGUUGAAGACGUGUCGCUCCUGUCGCUCGCUGUGGCAACAAAUGAAGCACGUAUUUCGUUUUUAGUGUUACGGCGUUUCGGAAUGAGAUCAACGUAGUGUUUCGUUAACAUAAAAUUAUUUGUAUUCGGUCGUAUUGGACCAUUUAGUUCAUAGUUAGGCGUAAAUAAAUUAAAAGUUUAAAAAUGGGCAUAAAAUUUCUUGAAGUUAUUAAACCGUUCUGCAGUAUUCUGCCAGAAAUAGCAAAAGCCGAACCGAAGGUUCAGUUCAGAGAAAAGGUGCUAUGGACAGCCAUAACAUUAUUCAUUUUCCUGGUGUGCUGCCAGAUUCCAUUGUUUGGAAUCAUGAGCUCAGACUCUGCGGAUCCUUUUUAUUGGAUUCGUGUGAUCUUAGCUUCAAAUCGUGGAACAUUGAUGGAGUUGGGUAUUGCACCAAUUGUCACAUCUGGUCUCAUCAUGCAGUUGUUGGCUGGUGCUAAAAUCAUCGAAGUUGGUGAUACUCCAAAAGAUCGGGCACUUUUUAAUGGAGCACAAAAAUUGUUCGGCAUGGUGAUCACUGUUGGACAAGCUAUUGUUUAUGUAAUGACUGGAAUGUAUGGAGAUCCAGCUGAUCUCGGUGCCGGUGUCUGCUUUUUGAUCAUCAUUCAAUUGUUUGUUGCAGGAUUAAUUGUUCUAUUGUUAGAUGAACUUUUACAAAAAGGAUAUGGUUUGGGUUCUGGAAUUUCAUUGUUCAUUGCCACUAACAUCUGUGAAACCAUUGUUUGGAAGGCCUUAUCUCCAGCCACAGUCAACACUGGUAGAGGAACUGAGUUCGAAGGUGCGGUCAUUGCUCUAUUCCAUUUAUUAGCAACACGUCAAGAUAAAGUUAGAGCUUUACGUGAAGCAUUCUACAGACAAAAUUUACCCAAUUUGAUGAAUCUGUUGGCCACUUUGCUUGUAUUUGCUAUAGUGAUAUACUUCCAGGGCUUCCGUGUAGACCUACCCAUCAAAUCUGCUCGUUACCGUGGACAAUAUAGCAGCUAUCCCAUCAAAUUAUUUUAUACAUCAAAUAUUCCAAUCAUCUUGCAAUCAGCUCUAGUUUCAAAUUUAUAUGUUAUAUCUCAGAUGUUGGCAGUUAAAUUCCAAGGUAACUUCUUAAUUAAUUUACUUGGUGUUUGGGCUGAUGUUGGAGGCGGUGGUCCAGCUCGUGCAUAUCCUGUAGGAGGAUUGUGUUAUUAUUUAUCACCACCAGAAUCAGUCGGACACAUUGUUCAAGAUCCAUUGCACGCUCUUUUGUACAUUAUCUUCAUGUUGGGAUCCUGUGCCUUCUUCUCUAAGACAUGGAUUGAUGUUUCUGGCAGCUCAGCAAAAGAUGUUGCAAAACAACUGAAAGAACAACAAAUGGUUAUGCGUGGCCAUCGUGAUAACUCUAUGGUUCAUGAAUUGAAUCGUUACAUUCCCAUUGCUGCAGCUUUCGGUGGUUUGUGUAUUGGAGCCCUUUCUGUGAUGGCUGAUUUCUUAGGAGCUAUUGGUUCAGGAACUGGUAUUCUAUUGGCAGUGACGAUUAUAUACCAGUACUUUGAAAUAUUUGUGAAAGAACAGUCUGAAAUGGGUGGUAUGGGCUCCUUGCUCUUCUAAGUUAUUGCAAUAUGAUUCGAAGUAAGAACUUUUGGGUUGUGGAUAGUUUCGAAUCAAAUCUUAGACAAUGAAUUUAAAGAAUUUAUGUGUUUGACAAAUUUACAUCUAUAAAGCCAAGUCUAUAAUUAUUUGAUGAGUUUUCAGAAAACUGAU